AAGGACGAAGAGGGGCAAACACUACUACAUUAUGCAUCCAGGAGCGGACACGAGGCCAUCGUCAAGCUGCUGGUUGAAAAGGGAGCUGAUAUUGAGGUAAAAGGGCAAUAUGGCUGGACGCCGCUAUUAUCGGCGGCUACGGGGGCGAAUGAGGCUGUUGUUAAGCUGCUGGUUGAAAAGGGAGCUGAUAUUGAGGCAAAAGAUCAAUAUGGCGACACGCCGCUAUUAUGGGCGGCUACGGGGGCGAAUGAGGCUGUUAUUAAGCUGCUGGUUGAAAAGGGAGCUAAUAUUGAGGUAAAGAAUCAAAUUGGCCGGACGCCGCUAGCCCGUGCGGCUGCGUCGGGGCGUGAGGCUGUUGUUAAGCUGCUGGUU